AUUUAGAAACGUCUAAGGAGAAGAGCCUGUGCGAGAGAGGGUGGGAAACCGAAGGCAACCAGAGUCGGAAGAGGGGAAUUGGACGACCGGGUCGGAGCUAAACGAAACGCGGGAGGCUCUUUUAACCCCUUCCUCCGACUACGACGAUGAGGAGUUCCUGCGAUACCUCUGGAAGGAGUAUUUGCAUCCCAAGGACUACGAAUGGGCGCUGAUCGCCGGCUACAUCGUCGUCUUCAUCGUGGCGCUCGUCGGGAACGUCCUGGUUUGCAUUGCAGUGUGGAAGAACCAUCACAUGCGGACAGUUACCAACUAUUUCAUAGUGAAUCUUUCUCUGGCUGACAUUCUGGUUACAAUUACUUGUCUUCCAGCAACUUUAGUAGUGGACAUCACAGAAACGUGGUUCUUUGGGCAGCCCCUCUGCAAAGUGAUUCCCUACUUACAGACAGUUUCAGUCUCUGUGUCUGUACUAACACUUAGCUGCAUUGCUUUGGAUCGAUGGUAUGCAAUUUGUCACCCUUUGAUGUUUAAAAGCACAGCCAAGCGAGCAAGGAACAGCAUUAUAAUUAUCUGGAUUGUGUCCUGCAUCAUAAUGAUUCCUCAGGCUAUUGUUAUGGAGUACAGCAGUGUGUUCCCAGGAUUAGCCAAUAAAACCACCUUGUUCACAGUGUGUGAUGAGCACUGGGGAGCUGAGGUUUACCCCAAAAUGUAUCAUACAUGCUUUUUUCUGGUGACAUAUAUGGCACCACUGUGUCUUAUGGUGUUGGCCUAUUUGCAAAUAUUUCGAAAGCUGUGGUGUCGCCAGAUCCCAGGAACUUCUUCUGUUGUUCAGAAAAAAUGGAAGCCUCUGCAGUCCUCAGCACAGCCCCGAGGGCUGGGACAGUCAACAAAGUCAAAGAUUAGCGCUGUGGCAGCUGAAAUAAAACAGAUUCGUGCAAGAAGGAAAACAGCACGUAUGCUAAUGGUUGUCCUCCUGGUUUUUGCACUUUGCUAUCUACCAAUUAGCAUCCUUAAUGUCUUGAAAAGGGUUUUUGGGAUGUUUAAUCAUGCUGAUGACAGAGAAACUGUAUAUGCCUGGUUCACAUUCUCACACUGGCUUGUAUAUGCAAACAGUGCAGCCAAUCCUAUUAUUUAUAACUUCCUCAGUGGGAAAUUUAGAGAAGAAUUUAAAGCAGCAUUUUCUUGUUGCAUCUUUGGCAUUCGCAGUCACCAUGAUGAACGGCUCACCAGAGGUCAUGCCAGUACAGAAAGUCGGAAAUCCUUGACCACCCAGAUCAGCAAUUUUGAUAACGUUUCAAAACUUUCAGAACACGUUGUAUUGACCAACAUAAACACAAUUCCAGCAAAUGGUGUCCCAGCUACACUCAGCCCAUUGAAAUCAGUGGAACUGCAUCUCCACAUACCAGGGAUGAACAUGACUUCAAAUUUAGAUGAAGCUGUGAGGGUUUCUGCAGAAGACACUGGCAACAGAGAGAAUGCAGAGUGGGACAAAUUCGUCCCUAGCAUAACUAAACUUACCUUGAUGGAGUUACAGCAAGGAUGACUUUAGCUCAAUACAUGUAAGACCACCAGAGAAUGGCACAUGCUUUUAGCAUGUUACAGCCUGCAACAACUGGACAAAGGGAUUCCAUCAAAAUGACUGCCUCUCCUUUUUCUUCUCAGUCUUACAGAAACCUACUUACCUCAGCAUGAGCUAAAGAACAUGUCUUUACAAGUCUUUUUAAAGAUUGGAUUGUAUUAUACUUUGUAAAUAGUGUAGAUAUUUAUUUUUAUAUAUUUUAGAUGCUGUGGAAUGUUCUAAAAUGUAUCAUAUAAAGAACUGUAAGUAUUUGAAAGAAGUCUCAAACUUCAUUUAUUUAUAUUCUGUUUCUAUAAAUGAAUGACAUUUAUUUAUAAGGAAUGCUUACUUAUGCACUAGUGAUAUUCUGGAAUUAAUUUGCACUUCUUUUUCUGCUAAUUCACUUGUAGUAAAUUCUAUGUUCAUUAUGGAACUUUCACUUCAGAUUCAUUUGAGGAGAUUCCGAGCUACUUUUCUAAGCAUAGACAUGCUUCUAAGAUGUGAACCCAAAGUGCUGCAAGUCACACAUGUUUUUAUAAGAUUACACUAAACAGCCAAUUAUCUUUUUUCUUCAGACUCGAGUGCCUAAAAAGUAACUACUUAAAUAAAACUUAUGUGAUGCUCAAAGGUGCUAUAAGCUCAAAUUCCUACUCAGGCCAAUAGGAAUAACAAGUGUCAGCACCCCUGAAGGACAGGACAUUUUAACUUUGGUAGCUCAUUUUAGUCUGUAAUGUCUGCAAGUGUUGCUCUAGAAGAUCUCCAAGGAUCUUUAAAAAUAGAAAACAUUGGUUAUCUUGCUUGAUUUCACAAUUUCUCUCUCAGCUGCCAUUUAAUACUAAUGAUACAAACAAUUCACAGAUUUAUAUGCUAAGAAAACACUGCCUUUUCAACAAGUAAAAUAAAAUGUUUCUCUCUGGAUAUUAUGGAGAUGAUAUCUCAUGGGACCGGCAGAUCAAGUACUCACCCAUUUUCUAUUUAUGGAAUAAGCUCCCUGGCCUGGGGCUUCCUACCAUGCAUUGUAGUUAUUCCUCCUAAAGAAUGAAGAUGGUGCAUUACUGGAGACUUAGUCUACUAGGGUAACGUGGCCUAUUGGUUAGAAAGAGUUAAUCUAUAAGAGCCUGAGCUACAAUCUCCCUGUGGCACUAUUCUUGCAUUUUGGUUAAGAUUUUUCAAAAGGAAAGGUAAGAUAGGAGGGAGGGCUUCUUUUGCAGUAAAAAGCAUUUCACAUAGAAGACAUUCUCACAGGUUCAAAUGUUUCUGAAAAGGCAGUUAUUCAUAGACAAGGUGUUAUUUGAUUAAGUUAUGUAAAUAUUUUUCCUAGGUUUUACUUUGACCUGAUGUCAUGCGAUGUACUGUCUAUCAUGACAGCUAUAGUUUUAUGAAAUGCUUAAUCAUUUCAUGCUUUAGCCUUCCCAAACAGCUGUUUUACUUGACAUUCUUAGUACUAGUUUACACUGGUGUAAGGUGAAAGAAAAAAAAAUUGCAUUUAUUUGUAUAUUAAAGUUUUCAUUUUCUAUUAAAAGAGAAAAAGGAGAAUAUUCUUUUUCUAUUAAAAAAGAAUAAGGAGAAACACCCAAAUGGAAAGAAUGUUUAAACAUCAAAUAAAAUCAUAGGAAUUCUUACAGUCCUAUGUAUAAGCUUAAUUUUUGAGUAUAGCUGUUAAUGUCAUUGCUAUUUCAAGAAAUUAUUUUACUUUGUCUCUUCUAAAGAAACAAAACCCAAAUAAUUGUGGAAAGUACAGCAGGGUUUGAUUUCACAGCUAUUGCAAUUCCUUUUCCAUUAGAAGGCUAUUUUUGCUCUUCAGCCACAGAAAAUGUAGUAUUCUUAAACUGUGUGGAACAAGAUACCAUUUUUAUAUAUCAUUUGAAAUGAUGGAACAAACAACUGCUCAAUUAAAACAGAGAAAUAGGAGAACGGAAUUUGAAAAUUCUUCUAAUUUUUCCUUUUAAUAUAAGUAAAUAAAAGGUCAAAAAGUUAAAAACUAGUAUAGGAAUCUAGCUGCAAAGUAAUUAUCAGUAACCAUUUAACUGUGCCAUAAAAUGUUGCCUCAACCCACUGUUGAAAAACAUCAAUUAUGUCAAAAUUUUGCAAAUCUAUACUUUCAUUUCGGAAAAUGUAUUUUUAUCCUUUCCUUGAAGAGACAGCAAGAAAGUAGAAAGUAAAUAGCUAUCUAAGAAAACUCUGUCAGUAUAAAAGGGGAGUAUGGAUAUUUAUCAAACAUAAAAGUUCAUGGGUCACUGUGGAAGACCAGCAAAAUUCUCGUGCCUUGUCAGGUGCAUUGCCCAGAUCCCUGUGAGAUGAAUGGGGGGUGGGGGGUGGGGGGUGGCGAUGCUCAUGGAAAAAACAUAAGUAGCAUCUUUCUAAAGUGGGUUGAAUACUACUGUCAACUCAAAUUGUCUUCUUUUUGCUGCUACCUUUAAUGCCAGUGGGAUAAAUUGUAUUUGUUAAUCUAAGGUGAGAACACCACUAAAGGUCAUUGGUAGUUUUUGACUCCUGCAGGUCUCCUGUGACAUGUUAGAAAUGGAGGUUCUGGCCUUAAUUUUCUCUUUGGUAAGAGAAAAAUUUCUCUUUUGUUCUCUUUGUUCUCUUUUCUCAUUUUCACUUAGAUCCCCAAAAUUAAAAUAUUCCAACAUUCCUAGGAAUUUCUUUUAGCCAUAACUUCAACUUAACAGUACUUUUUGUGUGGAGAAUAUAAAUAAAAGAUGAGACAUUCAUUGACAAAUGAUUCUGGGUUUUUCUCUGACCAGAUUUUUGUUGAGUAAAUAGCCUAUCUUAGACACAAGUGAUAUGAUCAGAGCUUAUCCAAGUUUUGAAAUUCUAAGGAUAGGUAGAAAGUGUUAACAAAUUCUUGCCAGAGAAUAUGGUCAUCAAGCUAAAGAUCGGUU